AUGCUCACGUUGGCGGCGUAUUUUACGUCCGCACCAGGCAGUAUCAGCUUCGAUGCAUCGACCAAGAAGUUCUCAGACGCGGAUAUCGCGAAGGUCCAGAAAUGCUCCAUUGACAACUUACACAUGGAUCUUUCCUUCCUGGAGGAUGCAACUCCUAUUAAGGCAGAGGAAUUCAUCCACCGUCGUGAUCGUCUAGCCCAAGCGUUGCACACGGAUGGUGUCGACGCUUUCGUGCUGGAACCAGGAUACACCUUUCAGUACUACGGCAACGUAAGCCAGUGGGACUGGGAGCCGUGGGAGCCGGAGGAGCGUCCGUUCUUGAUGGUUAUGCAGCCAACCGUUGGAUUGGAUGGCACGGUCAAGGCAAAGACCACUUAUUUGGCGCCACACUUCGAGGAGGAUCGAGUGCGCAUGCUCGGCAUCCCAGCCGACUCGGAACUAGACAUCGUCAUCUGGGAGGAGCACUGGGACCCCUACCAGACUCUCCUCGAGCAGACCUUUGACCGUCGCGAAGGUCUGGUCAUCAUGACGGACGAGGAGAUGAGAGACUAUAUCGUGCGCGGUCUGACUUCAGCCGGCUUCCAUACGGUCGGCCUCACACCCAACGUCGAUGCAGUGCGGCAGCAAAAGUCACCGGCCGAGCUGUCCCUCCUCCGCGCCGUCAACACCGGCACCGUCGAGGCGUUACGCAAAAUGCGCCCCUGCCUCAUCCCAGGCUUAACCGAGAACCAAGUCAUGACGAUCCUCGACAACGCAUUACUCUCCGUCCCGGGCUUCGGUCUCUUCUUCAACAUCGUCCUCUUCGACGAGAACGCCGCACUGCCCCACGGCGGCAAAGCCACCGGCGGCAAGACCCUCACGCACCACACCGUCGUGCUCAUCGACGUAGGCGCCCACUACCGCGGCUACAGCUCCGACAUCUGCCGCUCCUUCCUCAUCGAUCCGCCUCGAGGCCAGACGCCCGAGGGCGUCGCGGCCUCGGAUCCCCAGUUCGCCACGAAGCAGAAGGUCUUCGACACGGUGUUGGCGGCGCAGAACGCCAGUAUCGCGCACUUCCGACCCGGGGAGACGGCCGCGAGCGUGGAUGUCGCGGCGCGCAGCGUCAUUGCGAAGCAAGGCUGGGAGAAGCAGUUCACGCAUCGUGUGGGGCAUGGUAUAGGGAUCAAGGCGCAUGAGUCACCGUAUUUGCACAAGGGGAAUACGAGAGUGAAGUUGAGGGAGGGCAUGACGUUUACCAGUGAGCCGGGCGUGUACCUGACGGGCCGGUUUGGAGUCAGGUCGGAGGACGUCUUUGUCGUUACGGAGAGGGGCAGCGAGGUGAGGUGCUUGAGCGGACCAAGGGCCAAGGGGUUUUGGGAACCUUGA